AUGCAGUUUGCAAUCUGGCUGGUUGGACUAAUGUGUCAUCUCUCAGCACUCGUCUGGAAUUCACUGGAAUAUCGAUUGCACCCCAAGCAAGAACGCUUCAUCAAACAGUUGUCAUCGUACGAAAUUAUCACGCCGCUACGUAUAAAUGACUUUGGAGAAACUUUUCCACACACUCUGCACUACAAGAGAAAACGGAGGAGCGUGGAUGCUGAUUUUUCGGGUUUACGGGCGCACUACAGAAUUGAUGCUUUUGGACAGCGCUUUCACCUCAAUUUAACCGCUGAUUCCGGGUUCAUUGCCCCAACCUACACAGUAACACACUUAGGAGCAGCAUACAGCAACGCAACGGACUCUCAGCAAGACGGCACUGAUAUGAGGCACUGCUUUUUCAGUGGUCAUGUCAACGCUAAAAGUGAAUUUCCGGCAGUCUUCAGUCUAUGCACUGGCCUUAUUGGAACAUUUAAGACCCACAGCGGCGAAUAUUUUUUAGAGCCGCUGAUGAAGUCAGACGGCGAGGAGUAUGAGGACGAACACAGCAAACCUCACCUAAUGUACCGGCACGAGAGGAAGGAGCACAGUCCUCCAGGCAACCACACUGAGCCCUGUGCAGCCACAGAUAAGCAUUUCAAAAAUCAAAUAAUUCUUCAGAGCAAUAGAAGUAUCGAAGAAGAACUGAAUUCCAUACGGGAAACAAUGGAUUUUCACCACGCAGGAGGGUAUUCUUCAGAUCUUCAUAACAAAUCCCACUCACGACAGAAGAGGUUUCUGUCUUAUCCGCGGUUCGUGGAACUGAUGGUGACCGCAGACGCCAAGAUGGUCAGGCACCAUGGACGCAAUCUAGAGCACUACAUCCUAACAAUCAUGUCAGUAGUGGCUGCUGUCUACAGAGACCCCAGUGUAGGGAACCUGAUCAAUAUUGUGAUUGUUAAAUUAGUUAUUAUCCACAAUGAACAGGAUGGACCGUCCAUCAGUUUUAAUGCUGCUACUACCCUCCACAACUUCUGUGUGUGGCAACAGAGUCAGAAUGUCCAGGACGACAGUCACCCAUCCCACCACGACACAGCACUCCUCAUAACCAGGGAAGAUAUCUGCAGGGCUAAAGACAAGUGUGAUACAUUGGGUCUGGCGGAGCUGGGAACAAUGUGUGACCCAUACCGGAGCUGCUCCAUCAGCGAGGAGAACGGCCUGAGUGCCUCCUUCACCAUCGCUCAUGAGCUGGGUCAUGUGUUCAACAUGCCACACGAUGACAACCUCAAGUGCAAGGAGUCCGGGAUGAAGCACCAGUACCACGUCAUGGCACCCACGCUCAACUAUGACACCAGCCCCUGGUCAUGGUCCAAGUGCAGCCGCAAGUACAUCACUGAAUUUCUUGACACUGGGUAUGGGGAGUGCCUCCUGGAUGAGCCUGUCAGCAGGACCUACGACCUCCCUGUCCAGCUCCCUGGCCAGCUCUACAACGCCAACAGGCAGUGUGAGCUCAUGUUCGGACCUGGGUCCCAGGUCUGCCCAUACAUGAAACAGUGCAAGCGCCUGUGGUGCACAAGUGCAGAGGGGGACCACAAAGGCUGUCGCACGCAGCACAUGCCUCUUGCCGAUGGGACCGACUGCGGGCAUGGAAUGCACUGCAGGCAUGGGAUGUGUGUGAACAAGGAGGCGGAGAUGAAACCAGUCCAUGGAGAGUGGGGCCCCUGGGGGCCCUACAGCGCCUGCUCCAGAUCCUGUGGAGGAGGCACCAGAAGCACAGCCAGAGACUGCAACAAACCUGAGCCGACAAAUGGAGGGAGAUUUUGUGUGGGUCGGAGAAUGAAGUUCAGAUCGUGCAACACGGAGCCGUGUCCGCGGGGUCGGCGAGACUUCCGGGAGGAGCAGUGCUCUCAGUUUGAUGGAAAACAUUUCAACAUCAACGGUCUACCUCCCACUGUCCGAUGGGUUCCCAAGUACAGUGGAAUUCUGAUGAAGGAUCGGUGCAAGCUUUUCUGCAGAGUCGCCGGGACGACGGCGUACUAUCAGCUGAAGGACCGCGUCAUUGACGGCACGCAGUGUGGCCCGGACACUGACGACAUCUGUGUUCAAGGCCUGUGCAGGCAAGCGGGGUGUGACCACGUGCUGAACUCCAAGGCGAGGAACGACAAGUGUGGAGUCUGUGGCGGGGACAACUCCUCCUGCAAAACUCUCGCUGGGACCUUCAAUAACGCUCAGUAUGGUUACAAUGUUGUUGUAAGAAUCCCUGCAGGAGCGACCAACAUCGACAUUAAACAAGUGAGCUACUCUGGAAAACCAGAGGACGACAACUACCUCGCAUUGUCCGAUAGCCAGUCUAAUUUUCUCCUGAAUGGGAACUUUGUGGUGGCCAUGUUCAAAAGGGAAAUCACUUUCAAGGGAACGGUCAUUGAAUACAGUGGGUCAGACACCAAAGAAGAGCGCAUCAAUUGCACUGAGAGGAUCGAUGGCGAGCUUGUUGUUCAGGUCUUAUGUGUAGGCAACCUGUACAACCCUGACGUGCGCUACUCCUUCAACAUCCCCAUCGAGGAGCACAAGGAGCAGUUUGUCUGGGACCCCUCUGGGGCCUGGCUGGAGUGCAGCAGAAUGUGUCAAGGUGAGCGAAGGCGCAAGGCCGUGUGCGUGCGGAAGAGCGACCACCUGGUGGUGUCCGACCAGCGCUGCGAGCACCUUCUGCGUCCCAGCGGGGCCUCCGAGCCGUGCAACGGCGACUGCGAGCUGAGGUGGCACGUGGCUGGGAAGAGUGAGUGCUCGGCGAAGUGCGGGCCGGGCUACAGGACCCAGGACGUCCAGUGCAUGAAGUACAGCCUGGCGAAGAGGCAGAGUGAGCGCGUGGACAGCCGGUCUUGCAGCGACCUGCCUAAGCCGCCGGUCCGAGAGCCCUGCCAUGGAGACUGCCUGUUGAAAAGCUGGCACUACAGUGCCUGGUCCCAGUGCUCCAAGACUUGUGGCCGGGGUGCCAGGACCAGAGAAGCCUACUGCAUGAACAACCUGGGCCGUCGGCUGGCAGACCGAGAGUGUGCUGAGUACCAGCGAGUGGUGACCGAGAGCUGCAAUAACGUAGCUUGUCCAGACUGGUCAGCCAGCGAGUGGAGCGAGUGCCUGGUGACUUGUGGGAAGGGUGUGCGACACCGCCAGGUGUUCUGUCACCUGAACCAAGAGAAGCUGAGCGAGCAUUUCUGUGACCCCGACAGCAAGCCACCAGCAGUGGAGAGCUGCCAGCUUCCGGAGUGCGCCUCGUGGCAGGUCGGGGUCUGGGGGAUGUGUGCUGUGACCUGUGGCCAUGGCUACCGGAUGCGCGCUGUGAGGUGUGUGUCCGGAGCGUAUGGGGAGACCCUAGACGACCGGGAGUGCAACGCAGCUGCCAGGCCCAGGGACAGCCAGGAGUGUGAGCUGCCCGCCUGCCCCCGGGCACCCCCCGCCCACAGCACUGCCAAACCCGAUGUCCAGGGCCAGUUCAUCACUCAGUGGCGAUUCGGCUCCUGGACGACGUGCUCCGUGUCCUGCGGGAAGGGGAAGAGGGCUCGCUAUGUCAGCUGCCGGGACUCCCAGGGAGGGGUGGCGGACGAGUCCUACUGCGCGCACCUCCCCCGUCCCCCAGAAUCCUCAGCGUGCUUCAGUCCCUGCGGACAGUGGCGUGCAGGGGAGUGGUCUCCCUGCUCGGCAACCUGUGGUCUGGGGAGGUCGACCAGGCAGGUAGCGUGCAGUAACUACCACCACCAGGUGGAGGAGGGCUUCUGCGACCCAGACGAGCGGCCCACCACCGAGCAAGAGUGCAGCGCCCCGCCCUGCCCCUCUGUGUACCACCUUAGGCCCAACGAUCACCCCCGCGUCGCCCACGCGGACUACCCCCACAACCCCAGCUCCCACCCCGGCCACAGCACCUGGAACGUCCCGUCCGCAGACAACCAGUGGAGGACGGGGCCCUGGGGAGCAUGCUCCAGCACCUGUGCAGGGGGCUUCCAGCGCAGAGUGGUGGUGUGCCAGGACACCGAGGGCCGCACCACCAACCACUGCGAGGAGAGGCUGAAGCCGGCCGAGUCCAAGAGCUGCGACUCGGGGCCGUGUCCACACUGGAACUACGGGAUCUGGGGAGAGUGCACCCAGACGUGUGGUGGUGGGAGGAGAACCAGGCUUGUCGUUUGCCAGCGGUCAAACGGCCAAAGAUUAAAUGACCACAACUGUGACAUUUUGGACAAGCCGCUGGACAUGGAGCAAUGUAACAUGCAGCCCUGUCCAGGUAGUGUUUCAUGGCACAGACGACCAUGGAAACCGUGUUCCGUGAGCUGUGGGAAGGGAACGAAGCAACGUGACAUCGUCUGCGUGGACGAAAACCAAACCCAAAUAGAGGAGGAGCGCUGCAGGCUUCUGUCAAGGCCCCGGACGCAGAAGGCCUGCAGGGCCAAGAGGUGCCCCAGCUGGAAGGCCAACAGGUGGAGGGAGUGCUCGGUGACCUGCGGGAUUGGGGUACAGGAGAGAGAGGUAUACUGCAGGCUGAAUGGGGCGGGACGGAUCAGCCAGGAGCUGUGCAACCCCCUCACGCGUCCCGCCAGCACCCAGCCGUGCCUCUUCCCCACCUGCCGUCAUCAUGUGUGGGUCGCAGAUGAGUGGCAAGACUGCAAUGCCACCUGUGGGGAUGGAGUGAGGAACAGAUGGGUGAUGUGUGCCGAUGAGGCCAUGAGCCCAGCCCAGGAGAGCCUCUGCGACCCGUCCUCCAGACCUGUGCAAUCCCAGCCUUGCAGACGCGCUCCCUGCCAGUAUGUGUGGAUGACUGGGGACUGGUCACAGUGUUCAGCGAGCUGUGGUCCAGGCUACCAGCAGCGUAUGAUCUACUGCUCUGAGGUACACUCCUCUCAGGACCCCAGGUCCUACAGCCCCCAGGCUUCGCCCCACGCUGACUGUCCCAAACCACACCCUCCAGACACCAGGCAGUGCUGGCUCAGGGAGUGCCCACCCACGGCCUACUGGAAGGUUGGCCCAUGGAGCAAGUGCUCUCAGACGUGCGGUGCUGGUGUGAUGGAGAGAAGAGUGGAGUGUCUCACCUCUAAGGACCUGCCCUCCAAGAGUUGCCGUCCAAUCGACAGGCCAGAAUCCAGGGCUGCCUGCCGAGAGAGGGAGUGUGAAUUGUUCUCUACCUGUAGAGAGAUUCAAGUGAAAGAAGGUGUGAGAAAAGAUGGCGAAUACUAUCUCAGAAUAAAAUCCAGAAUUCUUCAGAUAUACUGUGCUGAAAUGCAGUCUGAUUAUCCAAAGGAGUAUGUGACCUUGCGAAGUGGUCAAAUAGACAACUUCUCUGAGGUUUAUGGAUACAGGCUACAGAACCCAUUUGAAUGUCCCUUCAAUGGGAGCAGAAGACAGGACUGUGUCUGCAGAGAUGACUAUCCAGCCGCUGGAUACACACUCUUCCAUAAAAUUCGGCUGGAUGUCAGUUCCAUGCGAAUAAUCACCACAGACCUGCUGUUCACCCAGACGCUGCUGGGCCGGGCUGUGCCAUUCGCCACUGCGGGAGACUGCUACAGCACAGCCAAGUGCCCUCAGGGCCAGUUCAGCAUCAACCUCACAGGGACCGGACUGAAGGUCGCAGAGUCCACUAAAUGGAUCUCACAGGGUAACUACGUCACUGUCAAAGUGCACAGAUCAGAGGAUGGGACCAGAAUUUAUGGGCGCUGUGGCGGCUUCUGUGGAAAGUGUAGUCCACAGUCUAACUCUGGGCUGCUUGUCCAAGUACAGUGAAUAGGAGGGCCAGGAGAGCCAAACCCAACCACAAACAACGGAAUAAUUCUAUCGAGGAGCCAAUACAAUGCACCCACAAAGACUCA